GUAAACACCAUCAAGCGCCAAUGUGGCUGCAAUUGGGGUUGAUUGGGUUAGGAGCAUUUGCGCUCGCUAGCGCCCACACAUACCUGGAGCGCCAAUCGGCAAAUAAGGGCAGCAGCUCUAAUAGCGCUGAUUCGUCACCAACCAAGCAGCUGCCCAAGCCGGACGGCAGCACGCCCAAAGGAGGCCAGAGCGUCUUCACCUCGCAGCUUUGGAAGGAGGCCACCUCUGCGGCUCGAAAGCUGCGCAAGUAGAGCACUAGUCAUAUGGCUUCGCAGCUUCGCCUGGCCGGCGCAGGAUCGCUCGCGGCGAGCUCCUGCCAGUCUACCUCCGCCGGCGUGCGUCGGAGUCCGCGCCAGGGUUGGCCUGUGACCCCUUGCUCCACACAUGUGUACUACCGUCAGCACAGCACGGCGUCUUCUCUCACAAUCGCCUCUUCCGCCUACUCCCGCUCCUCCUGGCGCAGCGCUAUCCUGGAGGAGCAGGGCGAGCCGCCGUUGCCGCCGCCGCCGCAGCAGCAGCGCCCCGCAAGUGGGCCAGAGACUAACGGCAGCCGGGAGGCGCAGGCGAGUGCAGCUGAUGCAGUAACCAAUGUGCCGCAGGAGGCGCCGACACCGUGCGGUCUGAGUGCUGCUGAGUUGCGCGUGAAGCUAAGCCUGGCUGCGGGCAGCGGGCGACUAGACCUCACGGACGCAAGGCUUACCGAGCUGCCGGCCGAGGUGGCAGAGCUGACCGAGCUACAGGAGCUGCAGCUGUCUGGCAACUGCCUGACCCGCCUGCCAGAAUCCAUCUCGCGGCUGACUGCGCUGCGGCGACUGGGCCUGGCCGGCAACCUGCUCACAGAGCUACCGCCAGGCAUUGGCGCACUGACUGCCCUGGAGGGGCUGUGGCUGCAUGGCAACCUGCUCACUAGCCUGCCGCCGCAGCUUGGGCGGCUGGAAGCCUUGAGGGCGCUGUCUCUAGCAGGCAACUGCAUCUCCCAGCUGCCGCCCGGCUGCCUGUCCGGCCUCACCUCGCUCACCGACCUGACCUUGGCUGGCAACCGGCUGACGGACCUGCCGCCCGGCGAGCUGGAGCCCCUGACGGCACUGCGCAAACUGGCGCUCAACGGCAACCGGCUGGGACAGGGCCGUGACACAGGCGCUCAGGGUCCGCUGCCACUGGGCAUGGGCCGCCACAUGAGCGCACUGCAGGAGCUCAUGCUGCAGGGCAACUGCCUGGAAGCUGUGGAGGCGUCCUUGUUUGAGUGCCCGGCUCUGACGGAGCUGUCUCUGGCGGACAACCGCCUCACGCACCUGCCUGAUCGCCUGUCUGGCGCAACCCGCCUGGCCCGCCUGCACCUAUUUGGCAACCGGCUGCAGCGGCUGGCGGUGCGGCAGCUGGCGGGGCUGCCGGCACUGUCCACCGUGUGGCUGGAGGGCAACAUGCAGCUGCCCGGAGCCGACGUGGCGGCGCUGGUGGCGGCUGCCGGGCUGGGCGGCAUGCCUGCCCUCAAGGCGCUGGGGCUGGACCAGAGCCAGCUAGCGGCCUUGAGGCAGCAGGUCGGGGCAGGGGGCGGCAGUGCCGGCGCGGCAGCUGCUGCCGUGGAGGUGCUGCCGCGCAAUGUGCGAGUGGGCAGUGUGCUGGAGUGGCAGGGGCCGGGCCCUUACGACACAGAGGAGCAGGCUGGCGGCGGGGGUCCUGGCUAUUUCAAGCUGCAGUACGGCCCGCAGCGACCGGGCGCACCCCUGAACGGCGCGGCCAGCAGCAACGACGUGCUGGUGGUGGCGUUCGGCAGCGCCCCCGGCACUCCCAACUGGGGCGGCCUGCUGGGCAAGGUGUACAAGGCGGCACAGUCGGCGGCGGAGAGCUACUUCGACGUCCUGUACGUGGCCGACCCCAGCCGCGACUGGUACGGUGGCGGCAGUGAGGCCGCCUACGCCUACUACCGCUCCCGGCUGGCCGCCACCACCCGCUCCUACCGCCGUGUGCUGAUGCUGGGCGACUCCAUGGGCGCCACCGCCUGCCUUCUGUUCGCGGACCUGGCCACAGCCGCACUGGCCUUCUGCCCGCAGGUGGACUUGACCACAGCCUCCAUCCGCCCAGGCCGCCCGGCCGAGUGGUUCGCGUCCCUGAAGCGGCGCCUGAUGGCCUCUGUGGCGGCAUUUGGGGGCUCUGGCGGCGGCGGUUCUGCAGAUGGGUUGCCAGCUCCUGACGGCACUGGUGACGGCGGUGGCCAGCUGGUGGUGCUGGUGGGCACGUGGGCUCACGACCUGGACCAGGCCAACAUGCUGCCGCACGCCACGCAGCAGCAGCAGGCGGCAGUUGCUGAUGCCUCUGCAGCCGGGCGCCAGCAAGACAGGGCGCGCAGGGCAGCUCGCAGCGCUGGAUGGCGCGAUGCGGGUGCGGAGCCACAGGUGGUUGGGGCCGCAGUGCACCGCAGCCCCUGGGCGUGGCAGCAAGGAGGCGAGGGCUCUGGUGCGUCUAGUCCUGAUAGCAGCAGCUUGGGUGUAAAUGCAGAGGGCACGGGUGCGGGUGGGGGUGUGGUAGUGAAGGUGUUCAACGUUGAUAGCCAUCGCUUGGCGGCGGCACUGGAUGCACAGGGUCAGCUAACGCCGUUGAUCCGCAGCGCAGUGCUGGCAGAGCUAUCGCUCCGGGGGGCUAUCGUGCGCGUGUCGAACUUGUUGUAGGUGCUGUGCAGCAAGGCACUAGUUGCGGCAGAACUAGCAGGGCUACGCAUGUGUGCAAUAGGAUUAAUUGAUGUAUGGAAUGCUAGGGUCUGCGGCGUGGGUCUGCGGAUACGGACUUACCCCUGUCCUAUCGCAUGGGGUAUACGAGUAGGGGGGCGCGCGGGGUGGGCAGCCACAGCUGGCUAACACUGGCCCAAGCAACGUCAACGUAUGUUGAGAAUCCCUUGCAGGCUGCCUGCGCACUACAAAGUGACGCCCGGUCUAUGGUUGAUCAUAAUGUCAAAAGUACUUAUGGUUUUGGACUCUGUCAAAAAGCCGGUUUGAGGACGCCAAUGGAGAGGGAGUACGGCCCCAAUGAACAUGGCUGGGUAUGGGUGUCUGCGUUGCAUCUCAGUCAUUAUUUGUGUAGGCUGUUUUUAUGUGGCGCGGGUCGUUUGGGAGCGGUUUCAUCUUUUGUUGGCAACAGGGGGCGGCCGGGAGCCGCUGCCCACGGCCAGGCUCUUCGUUUUCCCACCCUCCCGCCCAACGAAGAGCAGCUGCAUCGGGGGGGAUGGGCCGCUGCAUGCGCCGCUUGCGAGCGAAAUGCGGCACGAGCCGCCCGCCCUGCCAGGAGGCUGGGGCGGGGCGGGGUCUCGGUCUUUCCCCCACCAUUCCGUUGGCGCCCGCCUCGGUGCAGCAUAGCGGGAUGGUCGUGCGGGAGGUUUCUUGAUUUGCUUUGAGGUGUUUGCACAGGAAUAGGGCUGGCAGUCACGAGGGUGUUGGUAGCGGUGCUUGGGUGUUAGCGACGGGGAGGUUGCUUGGGUGUGGCGGGAGGAACUUGUGCCGGCGUGCCUAACAGUUCGGGCGCGGGAGUGGUGGAGACCCUAAAGCGUGAACGCGCAUGAUUUGAGACUGGCUAACAAGGACAAAGAUGAGAGAGGGCCGGGCGAGCGGCCAUUGCGGCCUAAAAUACUG